AUGCCGUAUCGUAGUGCCAACGCCUUUCGAGAGCAAGUAUUCCGCUACGCCGUUCGGAGUGCCGUGGGUAUCACAGUGGCCAGUCCCUUUGUGGCCAUUUUCCAGGCCAGUUUACUACUAGAGGAAUUUCGCCGGAAUCAUCGGGAUGCCCCUUUUCCCGAAAUGCCCUGUUCGGGUGCCGUGGUGGCUGUUACCCCGGGGAGACCGGCAUCCUUCUCGUCGGCGUGGGUGAAAUCUCUCCUCCUGAGCGACGAUGACAGCACUAAGAAUCCAGAGCCCCUUCGACUCUUGAUUGUGGGAGAUUCUCUGGCGGCGGGAGUGGGAGUGACCAAAUCGGGGACUCCAGUGUUACCCGAGGCCAUUGCCAAAACUCUGUCCAGUGCAUUGGGCGGAAGAGCCGUGUACUGGACCUGUAUGGGAGAACCAGGAUUGUCCUCUCCCCAAAUUGUCAAAGAAUUGCUGCUGGCCGAAGAAGAAGAAGAAGAAGAAACAAACGAAAUAAGCGAGGAAGAAAAAAUUAACGUCAUGGAAGAACUGAGGGGUUGGUGGGACAAGAGACUGCAAUUGCAGCAACAGGAAGAAAGGGAAGAGCAACAACAACGACGACAACAAGCAGAAGGAGAGCGACAAGGACCGGGCAAAAGGGUCCGAGCAUGGUGGGAUAAAACCAGAUCGGUGGCUCGCAGGGAUCUGGAAGAUUUAGGCAAUAUUGGACGGUCCAUCCGGAGACGAAUGACAAUCGCCAGGCGAAUACCCGAACCUGCCGUCGUCCUACCGCAACGACGCAACGCGGUGGUACCCGAUUUGGUGGCACAAUACGAUGUUGCCGUUGUCAUUACGGGUUUCAAUGAUUUGAAAUAUCUCAUUUUCCCACUGCCGGAGGAUCCGGACGCUGCCAAGGAGGAAGACAAACAACCCAGUGCUGGUGAAGGUGCAUGGUUCGAACGAGAUCUCUGGGGUAUCAUGCGAGCCCUCCAGGGCAAAAUGAGAAAUUAUGGAGAGGAGGAGGAGGACGACCCGAAACCCCCAGACUCUAGUGAUGCCAAGGCAUCAGUCAACAACGGGGAGCCUGAAUCCAACCAAAAUUCCGGUAACGACGACAACACAAGGCGUCGACAUCAUCCCAUUGUAGUUUUCCCGGCAGCACCCAUGUUCAAUGAACCAAUCUACCCUCUGUCCUUCUUUGCCGAGCCCAUGAUCAGGCUCAUGGAGUAUCAAAAGAAGAAACUAGCCGAACGAUAUCCGGCACCGGUUCUAUUCUUGGAAGCACCGAAUGAUGAAACCAUCAAGGAUUUCACCAACAAGCGUGGACCCUUAUGGGAAGCCAGCUCCCGAGAAGAAGUCUUGUUUGAGCUCACCAACAAGGCGCGUCUCGAGCAGCUCGAAAAACUCAUGAAGGAAUACUACGAUAUGUGGACGGUCGACGUGGAAGAAGAAGAGGCCACCUACACGUACGAUGCAUUUGGCCCAGAUAUUCAGGGACCGUUGCAACAUUUGCAUCGGUCUCCGCUGAUUUCAGUCGACCGAGUGCAUCCAAAUGACGAGGGAUAUGAAUUGUGGGGUAGGCACAUUGCCCAAGCCAUUGUCGAGGAAUGGGACCGAAAAGAUAACUGGAAGGACCAACCACAACAACCGACACGGGACCGAGUGGAUGAUCUAGCCAAACACCUAGAAUCUCAACAACCAUGA